AAGCAGAUUAAAUUAAAGUUCGAAUUCAAUGGAAUGUAACUACAUGAUAUAUCAGAGCGUUUCACCGGGCUCUUCCGAGUUAAAAUGCUUUUAAGAUAAAACUAUAUUUAAAGAUAUUUUAUCAAUUCACCAAAUAAUGGCAACCAGUCAUAUCAAACCAUCGCCUUCUAAGCCAGUGGGUUCUCCAAAUAUUGCUGUAAUUACUGUUGACUCGCCCACAAGAAAUAGCAACGGACUUCCAACAAUAUCGUCGUCAAUUAACACACUGUAUCCGGGAUUAUCACAAGACAGAAGAGAAUCAGAUGCAGACAGAUAUUUCACGGCAUCAUCCGGCGAUGAGAGAUUUGACGAUGAAGACGACGAUUCUAAUGAUGAAGACGACGAUGACGGAAUGUGUAUUAUGUUAGAUAGCGACGACGAAGAUGCAGAUGCUGGCAGUUUAUCGGGACUUCAUAUAAACCUCAAGACAUUACAAGCCGUGUCAAAUAUGCUUGCACAUUACACUCCUAUAAUACAGCGUGACAUGAACGGUAACCCUGUAUUUGUUGCUCCUCCUCCUCCAAUUGGCGACGUAUCUGCAAAUGCCACACCUACGAAGCAUACAGCAUCAGAAAAAUCUCCACUGCGCACAAUACUGAGCUCAUCGGGAGGCGAUGACGUUACAGAAGAAUUUCAAAUCGCUUUACAGGAACUCGAAAACGUUGUUAUUUCAGCAGAAGAGGACACGUUAUUCGUUGACAAAAUGUCUGAAUUAACAGAGGUUAUGGAAAAAAUGACGUACUUCGCCGCCGAAGAAGUUGAUGACAUAUAAAGGACGCUCAUUUAGCGCCAUACGUCAAUGCACUGUUAUUUGAAGAGGUGUUGCUACUAUUACUAUCUUCCACUCAAGUGAAAUAGUAAACUAUAAUAUAGUUUUCAAAGUAUAUUGUUAAAAAGCAUCGAAUUUUAUUGCCAAAGUCACCACUUCUAUGUAUCAUAUGCAAACAAUGAACAGUCACGAGGUUGAAGUUGUUUGACUGAAAAGUCUCCAGGAGAGUGUAUUCACACCGGGAACUUAAUUUAAUUACUAUUUAAUUCUGGUUGGCUUGUGCAGUGUUUAUUACAUUACAGUUUACUCACACAAAUAUACAGUUUAUCUAUGACAAA